CUGAGUCAGCCAAUAAAAGUGGGCUAAAAAAUAGAAGCAUCUACCAGGAGGUUGUACUUGUCACAGUCUAAAGAGAUGGUCAAACUACACAUCAAGAGAGGAGAUGAGAGUCAGUUUCUCUAUGAGACCAUCCUUCCCACCCUCAUGUCAGAGCUCAUGCUACAACUGGUGCGUCUGUUCAAUGGCAGGCUCAAAGUAGACAGGCUCUGUCAAGAGAUAGAGCUGUUGUCCCAGCAUGGAGUGUUGCUCCCUGGGAACAUGCAGGGACUGACAGACGAGCAGAUCAGUGAGCUGAAGCUGAGGGACGAGUUCGAGGAGGUGUGUGUGCCGAGUGGGGGCCACGUCAUGAACCCUGACCCCAUGGGACGCAGGAACGGUAGAGCACCCAAUGACAAGAUGAAAGAUAUCCUCAAAAGAACAGUCAGUGAAGCCAAAACAGCAAUAUCAAAGAACCAGGUGAAGGCUGGUGUGUGCUUGAGUGAGGAGAUGAUUCGUGAUGCCCUGGACAAGUUGAGGGGAGCAGUGACCAUUGUCUACCCCAUGAACCUCCCACCCUACGACCCGGUCAGACUCGAGUUUGAGGGAAAUGAGGAACUGGCAGGAACACAGGCGGGCACACUGGUGCUUGAGGAGGACAGUGCUCAGCUGUGGUGGGCUGGGAAGGCGUUGGCUAGGGACAAGAAACUCUCAGACUAUUUGGGGAGGAACGAGAAGACAACAAUAGUGGCUAAACUACAGAGGAAAGGUCAAGGUGCACCGGGGAGGGAGCCAGUGUUCUCAGAGGAAGAACAGAAGAAAAUGAUGGCCUACGCUUACAAGAAACAAGAAGAGUUCAAGAAGCUUGAUGCUGACUCAGAGGAUGGCUACCUGAACACUGGCUGGACGGACCCUCACUCCCUCAAGAAGCAGCUGGCUGGAGUCAGCAAUGUCAGCUGGAGACCAUCAUGAUAAUGAUGACAGUGACUUUAUGAUUAAUUAUGUACUGACUCUAUAAUAAUUAUUACACGUCUUUAUAAUAAUUACUCUUUAUUGUCAAGUUUGUGUUGUCAUAUGCAACAGUUCACUUAAAUGUUUUAUUGAUAUA